AUGGAACCUAGAGCUGAGAGCCAGUUAUCAUAUCCUUUACAGAAAUCUAAUUUGAUCCAACCAACAUACAAAUCUGUUCCACUCAACAGUUUCAAUGCGAGUUACAUGAAUAAAAGCGAUUUUGUUUUCAAUUUUGGUGAGCAUGGAGUAUUUCUCACGUAUGUUGGGGACUAUAUCAACUUUCAUGAAAGAAGCAAUUUGCAUGAAAGAAAUAACUCAGCUAAAGCAUCGUUGCCUAUUUACAUUAAUAAAAAUGGUGACGUGAAUGAUUCGCUUGUAAUCUAUACAGGCAAUAUCUUAAAACAGAUAGGAUCUAUCAAGACUUAUCUUAAUCAUCCCAUUGCAAGCUUUGAUGAAUAUGUUGUCAGUAAUUCAGCAAGCUACAAAUCUAUUGUUAGAGAUAAUCAUGAUGAAGGCGGCAUGACGAGGGUGAUCAUGGUGAGGGUAGUUGUAGCAGAUGCAAUGCGAGUAAUAAAUAUAUUGUUUCUAGUAGUGAUACCAAAUUGCCUAGAAUAA